UGGUCCGCUGUACCUGCAGUCAAAAUCCGGGCUUUGGAGCAGAGCCUGGAGCUGGAGCGCGGAGCAGCUCCGGAGUAGUGGAGCUGCAGGUUUUUGCCUGGAGCUGGAGCGGAGCCGGAGCACAGCUCCAAAGCCCCGGUAGCCAUGGGACAUGUUUUGUGACCUCUCCUCUGUUCAUGUCCCACUUGUGUGCCCCUGCAGGCCUGACUCUGAAGCCACCCGGAGCCCACCCUGUUGCUCCCACCAGAACUGUGUGUCUGAGACAGCAGGAGUUGAGAGAGUGCUAAACCCCAAACACAUGCAUUUGGGGGCAGGGCUAAACAACCAUGGCCUGCUGUCUGCUCUCCCAGAUGGUCUUGCCUGUUUGUGAACUCACUCUACUGCAGGAACCGGGGUGUCCCAUGCUGUGCCUGACUGUUUUCCUGAGCUGCAGUCCAUUUUGGAUCAGACUGAAUCACCUCCAUGAAUUGCCCUAUUCCUGGAUACUUAAUCUGUUUUCUCCUAUUUGCUGUUCUCUACAUAGUUUCCUAUUUUGUAAUCACAAGAUACAAAAGGAAAGCAGAUGAGCAGGAGGAUGAAGAUGCCAUUGUCAACAGAAUUUCGCUGUUUUUGAGUACCUUCACUCUUGCAGUUUCAGCUGGUGCCGUCCUGCUUCUACCUUUUUCAAUAAUCAGCAAUGAGAUCCUGCUUUCUUUUCCACAAAACUACUAUAUUCAGUGGUUAAAUGGCUCUCUAAUUCAUGGUUUGUGGAAUCUUGCUUCCCUUUUUUCCAAUCUUUGUUUAUUUGUGUUGAUGCCCUUUGCCUUCUUCUUUCUGGAAUCAGAAGGAUUUGCUGGCUUAAAAAAGGGGAUCAGAGCACGUAUUUUGGAAACACUUGUUAUGCUUAUUCUUCUUGGGCUGCUUAUCCUUGGAAUAGUGUGGGUGGCUUCAGCUCUCAUUGACAAUGAUGCUACCAGUAUGGAAUCUUUGUAUGAUCUUUGGGAAUUCUACCUCCCUUAUUUAUAUUCCUGUAUAUCGUUGAUGGGAUGUUUAUUACUUCUCUUAUGCACGCCAGUGGGGCUUUCACGAAUGUUUACAGUGAUGGGUCAGUUGCUGGUGAAGCCAACAAUCCUUGAAGACCUGGAUGAACAGAUGUACAUCAUCACCUUAGAGGAAGAAGCAAUCCAGAGGAGGCUAAAUGGUGUGUCUUCUACUAUGGAGUACAAUACAGUGGAGCUGAGACAGGAACUUGAAAAUGUGAAGAGCAUGAAAACAAAAUUAGAGCGGCGGAAAAAAGCUUCUGCGUGGGAGAGGAAUUUAGUGUAUCCAGCUGUUAUGAUACUGCUGCUCAUUGAGACGUCCAUCUCAGUCCUCUUAGUUGCCUGCAACAUUCUUUGCCUGUUGAUUGAUGAGACUGCAAUGCCAAAGGGAUCAGGGGGGCCUGGAAUAGGAAGUGCCUCCCUAUCCACUUUUGGUUUUGUGGGAGCAGCACUUGAAAUCAUUUUGAUUUUCUAUCUUAUGGUAUCCUCUGUCGUCGGCUUCUAUAGUCUUCGCUUUUUUGGAAAUUUCACUCCCAGAAAGGAUGACACAACUAUGACAAAGAUAAUUGGAAACUGUGUGUCAAUCUUAGUGCUCAGCUCUGCUUUGCCAGUGAUGUCGAGAACACUGGUGUUCAAAAAUGUAAUUUUAACAGGAAUUACCAGAUUUGAUCUGCUUGGAGACUUUGGAAGGUUUAACUGGCUGGGAAAUUUCUACAUUGUGUUAUCUUACAAUUUGCUGUUUGCUAUCAUGACAACUCUAUGUCUGGUCAGAAAGUUCACCUCUGCUGUGCGAGAAGAGCUCUUCAAAGCAUUAGGUUUAGAUAAACUUCAUCUGUCGAACAAUGCAAGAGACUCUGAGACAACAAAGCCUUCUGCAAAUGGGCAUCAGAAAACACUGUGAGAAGCAAUCAUCUUCAAUCAAUAGAGCUGAAAACUUCAACCUCAUGACAUUCCUGUCAUCUUCAUCAAAAUAUCUUUGUAUUAAUUUCAUUUGUUAAUUUUGGGUCCAACCUUCUCUCACUUUUCACACUGUGUAUUUCUGAGAAACCAAGCUACUUCCGAUUCUACAAUUUCUGAUUUGUUUUGGUCCAUUUUGUAUACUCCCCAGUCAGUUUAUGCAGGAGGUGCCUUGAAGACUGGAAGCUGAGAAAAAUAAUGAAUUCCUGUUUGGACAGAGUCUCAUAUUUCUAGAUAUGAUGCCCUACUACCAUGUUAAGUGCACAAUACCUUCUCUGUGAUAUAAAUAUAAUGCUGGUGAACAACUCUGAGACUUGGAAAUAAAGGGUACAUUUGAAGCCCAAUAUAAUCCUAAUUAAGUAUGGUUAGGUGUAUAUAACAGCAAGUCACACUUCUUUUCUACUAAGAAUUCAUUAAAAAAUUGAAGUUAUUUGGAGAGAUCACUGUUACUUCCAUACAGGAUUCACUAGGCUGUAUGUAACGUUUGGCAUCAUGAAGCACUCUUACAGACCCAGUAUUGUAGGCUUUUUAUUCUUAGUUUUCAAUGACAGAAGGUAAUUUUCUUCAGUGGUAAUCAGAAGCUGUCUCAUCAAGACUAAUGAACCACAAGAUAAAUUCUAACGUACUUCACUGUUAAAUCUGAGCCCAGUAUGCUUUGUAGAAAGCUACGCAGGCCUUUUAUUGUUCUAAUUCAUACAGUACUAUCACUUACAGAAAGUGUUACUCCAUAGAGGUCAGUUGCCCUUCAAAAUAUACACACAUCAAAUUCUGUUAAGUGUGUGUGUGUGUGUGUGUGCGUGUGCGUGUGCGUGCAUGCAUAUCAACACAAGUAGGACAGAUUUUGUCUAGUAGCUGCAGUUGCACAGUUUCCUUAAAGGUUUUGUCAGUUAAAUCCUGAUGAUGAUGAUGCAGUAUAUUGUAGCUCAGUUGUGCAAGCCACUGUCUUUCACUAAUCUCUGUUUUUCACUAAUCUCUUCAGUCUUUAGUUUCUCUCAUAUAUAUGUGUGUAUAUACACACACACACACACAGAGGAAUGUUUGUUUAUAGCUCAGUGCAAGCCAUUAUUUUUCACUAAUCUCUUCAAGUCUUUAGUUUCUCCUAUAUGUUAUAUAGUACUAUCUAUCUGUAUAGAUAGUACUAUAUAGUGUGUGUGUGUGUGUGUGUGUAGUAUAUUAUAGUAUCCUAUAUAUGUUGAAUACUAAGCUUACAGAAAUGAUGCAGUCAGUUGGGUCAGCAAAACCUAUAGUUCAGUCUUUCUUAUGAGUAUGAAGCUUUCUGCAAUGUAACAUGAUUUAGCUGCUCUGAACUCUUAGACCCAGAAUGGCACUGAUGAAGAGAAAUUCAAUAUUUUCUUUAGCAUUGCUGUAGAAUCAGAAGUCCUGCAAGUAGUGUGUGACAAGCACAGGUCGCUGUUAAAAUGUGUGUACUUUUGCCUGUUGUCUAACGCUGCUGCACUAACACUUGACUUGAAAAGAGGAAGUAUAAAGACAUUAAUGAGGACUAUUGCCUGUAUAUGUGUGUUCUGUAGACAGAUCAUGCAAGGUUACCAAAACAUUUUUUGGUAAGUUUAAUGUUUCUUGUUUCAUAUUUAUGUAAAACUGAAAUAUGUCCACUUGAGGUCUGAGCCCUUUCACUCAAUCAAACCAUGAUAAUGGGCUAAUAUCCAGUAAGAUUCUGAAACAAGUUAGUCUCUUCUGAUGUCAGGUAUCUCUCAUCUGUUCUCUUCCUGAGUAAUGUCUGAGUUCUGGACUUACGCUUUAUGAAAUCUGAGUGAGAUGGGAGUUUAGUGGAGUGCUUCACAAGCAAACCGCAAGCAACAGCCACAAAAAUAAUGGUUUCCUGAAGUGGUCUUUUUGAAUGGAAAUUGGGCAUAAUAUAAAUACUACUGCAAUAAUUUCUGAGCUAUAUCUACUGUUUAUUAAGCUGGGUUUGGGUAUGUUGUACCAUGUCUGAGAGAGUAAAAUUGCUAGUUUUCAUUGAGACUUACAAGCAUCUUUUUCUGUUGCUUACAUUUAUUGUUGAGUUUUUGGACAGCAGAAAUUAUUUUUCUCUCCAUUGAGGCAAAGUUCCAACCAAGAACAGAUAACACCUAAAUUACUUUAAAAAAGAAAAAAAAGAAUAUGGAUUCACAUUAUAAACAUUAGAAGAUUUAUAAGUAAAGGCAUUGAUUCCUUGUAUCUGUUGAGAGUGUAUGGGCUUAUGCACUAGAAGUGUAAAGGUUGCUAAUAUAAUUAUUCACUAUUUAUCUUUGGAAAUGAUAAUAUGACUAUAAUUGUACCAUAUCCCCACUGGAGUGUGGUAAACUGUGACAUAUGAUAGGGUUAGUUAAUUUUAUAACAUGUAUUCCAGCUUUCUGUUACAUUGUGACUUUAAGGUAAGUUGCCUCAGUAAGAUUUUUUGAUCAGAUCCCCUGAUGAGAUUGUCUGCAUAAAGAUCAAAAAGAAAAAUUUCUACUCAAGUUCUGGAUGAUAUCUGCCUUAAUUUUGAUCUUCACCUUUCUCUCAGUAGAGAGUCCACAUCAGAAACUGAUUUUUUUUUGAGGGGGGGUAUGUGUUCUGUCAAUAAUCCAAGAAAAAAAAAAGUCAAACUAUUCACCACGCUUAUAUACGAUUCCCCAAAAUGGAUUGUGUUUAGCGAGUGAGUUGUCUGGAGGCAAGCUCCAUUAGAUAGGUUCACAAAUGGUAAGAAUACAAGUUAUAGUAUGUAGGCAAAAAAAGAAGACUUGCAGUGUUUUCCCCCUUGUCUUAGUAUUUUUCCCUCCCAAAACAAACACUGCAGUAUACUGAUUGCACUCCUUUUAUUGGGUUGUGCUUUGAAUCUUAGAGUCACAGAUAUGUAUUAGUUAAAAAGAGUACUUGGAUAAAGACACUGUUUACUGGAAAGAAGGCAAAAGUUUAGGUUAAGUGUGGUUCUUACAGUGGAUUAAUCUUCAAAGAAAAUCCAACCUUUCUGUAGCUGCUGACAGUGUCUUAAUGUCUACUUUUUGUAUUGUGACACUGUCUACAUUAAAUGUCCUGAAACUGACAUUCUAUAUGCAAACUUUUUACAGAUACAGUGCUACUUUCAAACAUAAAUAUAACACCUUGGUCGUGUAUUCACAGAAGCAAUGGAGAAGUCAUUAAUGGAUAUUGACAGUGCACUUCCAGUGUUUUGUCUCAUGUAGUCAGGUGGUCUGUAACCUCUUGGUGACAUCAACAUCUGCCUCAUUUUUUAUGAGGCUAAAGCACAGAGAUGCUCCUAUCUGAUAAACAAGAUACACUUUUGGUCUGUGAAUUAAGUGUCUUAAGUUAGGCACCUCUUGGCUUUCUCCUGUGUUGGUAGCACAAUAUUCAAUGCACAAUGGCAGAAUUGUUGUAAUAUGGUGGGAUUUUUAAGUAUAAGCACAUCUUCAGUAUUUACCUUUUAAGGUAAAAAUUAAACUGGUAUGAUGUUACUUUAGAAGUAACGAUUUUUGGAUUCAUAGGAAACUUUGUUUACAGAUUGUAAUGGUGUUUGUUGUUGGCCCUGUUUCUCCAAUAUCUUUUACACAGUUGACUGUUUUAGUGUACUAGAAAUUAAAGAAUUUAACAAGAAAUUAUUUUGUGUUUUGGUUCAGAAGUACCAUAUUAAAGCUUUAAAAAUAUCACCAACCACAGGAGCUGUGGGAAUAUUAAUCCUCCAUGCUCCCGAAGCCUCUUGUAAUCAUAUACAGCUUAGAGUGUCUCCUGUGUGCUUCAUGCUGUACAAACCAGAGAAGAGGUGGUCCCUGCCCUGAAGAGUCUACAGUCUAAAUUAGACCCGGGUAAGGCAGUCCUUAUUUACUGAAUAUACAUCACAGCACACAUGAGAAACGGAGAGAAGGUCAAGUUUUCGAGAUGAAUUUUUAUAUCAAAUAUGUGAUUGGAUGAGUCUCUGCCAAUGUUCACAUACAUUAGGUUGAUGUCUUCCCUAUGGUAUUGUGGGGGACCUAGAAUAAACCAUUUAGUCAUAAAAUAUAACCCUAGCCCUUCCUGUUCCAAAAGAAACAUAAGGAUUUAAGACCACUUGCUCUCAGUCUGUACUAUUUUUUCCUUGAAUAUCAUAAGUAUAACAUGAUACCCUUUAGCCCAAAUUGUCAAGAGUUUUGCAGAAAGCAAUGGAUGUAUCUGUUCUAGGCAAUUCAGUCUUGUUGCUAUUGUGUUCUAAAUAGCCAUCUUAUUGCAAAGUAUUAAGCACAAAGAGUAUCACUGAAUCUUUUCUUGUAUCUUACACAUGCUCAGAUGAAACUAGAGCGUGCUGUUUUUAAAACCUACAGUAAAUCGUGUCAUUCAUAUCAAGUAAUUUUACGUGCAUAAUUAGGACCAAUACGGUUUAUUUAAAUAAAUAAAUAAACAAAUAUACUUCAUCUUGUUUGGAAAAACGAAUUAGAUACUUUUAACACUGUGAUCCCUGGCUUUUUCAAAUGUCAAAAUAAGGUCUUAUAGUCAUUGAUAAUGUUGUGAGGGAUAUUCUUGUCAAAAAAGCCAGCAUUUACAGAUACUAAAAUAAAUGUGGCAUUAGCCUUAGAGUAGCAUAUAAAUCAGACUAUCUCUGGUAUUGAAUAAGUGUGCAAAUAUACUGAUUAAAUGUGCCACUGGCAGAAAAGUGCUUUUUUCAGGCGCUGAUGUUCUCUUUGUAGAUGAAUAUUAACCGAGUUACUUCAAGCUCUGCUUUAAGUGCAUCACAUUCAGCAAGGACGCACAGAGUAAACAGCUGAUGUCCACGGUGUUCUGAUGCUGGCUCCAGAGCCCUGGAAUAUAUCGGCUUUCAGCAAAUUAUGAGAAACCCUCACCACAUCCAUGUCUGCCCCUUUUUUUUUCUUAAACAAAUCUCCAACUCCAGCAUAUAGGAAGUUGUGGAACUACCUUUGUGUCAGUCUUUGGCUUGUCCUUCUCCCCUGCCACACAACUCCAGACUUUGGCUUGUCCUUCUCCCCUGCCACACAGCUCCAGACUUUGACUUUGGCUUGACUGAAGCUGAGGACUGUACACCCUGCAGUUACUAACGGCUAUCUAGAGGUUUUGAACUGUGGUCCAUGAGGAGCUGGCUUGUCCCAUGGUGCUGGCUAGUCACUUCCAGCUGCUGCCCUUCAUUAAAAGACUACAAAUAUUUUAAAUAUUUUCCUACUAUACUCUUCCAUGUGAGCAACUGCAGCAUUUGCCUCUGGGAUGUCGUAUGAUUAUGAAUGGGAGAGAUGUGGUUUGUGUAGUAGUAAACAAGAGGGCACAUUGUCCAUGAGACGAUCUCUUACAUAUUCCACAUUAUGAUUAAAAUUUGAGGUCCCUGAUAUACUUGUAGGAAAGAGUAUCCUGUGGCAAUACUAUCCUGUGGGGAGGUGGACUGGUACUGAGCCUGACCUUUUUGUAGGGCACCUAGCUACAAAAUAGUUGUAAACACUUUUGCAGGGUUUUGGUACCUUCUGCAUUACCAGUGAUGACAAUGUGAAUGGUCUUUUUACCUCUUCCUGGCUGACCUCCAAAACAGAGUUUUCAUGUAACAGAAGCCCACAUUUCCAUUAGGUACAUGGAACUUAUGAAUCAGAUGAUACUUUCUUCUGGAUUGGGCCCUGCAUUCUUAAAACUUAACAUUUUGACUCCCUUUUCCUUUUCAUGUACUUAAGUAUUUCCUGUCAUUCAGUGGCUUCAAACUGUCAUCAAUAUGUAUUUCAAACAUAAGAUUUUUCACCUUUGCCUGGAUAGACAAGAUGGGAAAUAAGAGAACGAGUGAAUCUAAACAGAACUCGGAUGUAUGCUGUAUAAUGGUACUAAUUAGCAAGGGCAUAGUUUGGAGGGGGGAAUGGGGAGCAUUGCUCCCCUCCCCCAAACUGCAAGUCCCAGGCAGGUGUGGAAUUCCCCCCCAUAUACACACGAGGCCCCAUUGGCCUGACUGGAGCUGCUCCUCCAAAUAUAGAAAUCAAAUUACACCUGUGCUAAUUAGCAGGCAGUCUAAACGUGAAAUCCAUUGUUUUCUAGAACACUUUCCAAUCCUACUAAAGACUCUCUUGCUGUACUUUCUUUUACAGAUAAGUCUUCAGCUUUUAUUUUUGAUUAAAUAGUACAUGUCAACCUAUGGCCCUUAACUUAUAAUAAACAGGUGUUUAAGUUAAAUGGAAUUGCAGAAAAUGUCACAAAAUAACCAUCUACGUAUGGUUGCAAGGCAUUUUACAGGAGAACAGUGGCUUUGGUUUCAAUUACAGUAAUCUAUGAAUUGUAAGAAUAGCUGCAUGUUUUAGUAACAAAGUUGUUUUUUUAAUUAAAAAUAGGAAAGGUGAAAUAGGAUCUUAAAUUCUGUACAGCCUUUGCUUGCCUAAUUCAUUGUUCAUUUAUGGACUUUUCCUAAUAGCCACUUUAUUAGCCACUUUGAUUAAUAAUUCAGAUUUAUAUUUGUUCUCUUUAAAUUUGAGACCAAAAAUGUCUUUGAUUGUUUCAACUAUACUACAGGUUGAUUCCAGCUGGGCAAAAUGGCUGAAGGGUAAUAAAAGAAAAAUCCUUUAAGAAAUGUAUUAUCAGUAAAUGCUGAUGAUCUCAGCCCAACAUAUUUGGACCAGAGCAAUCUAAAAGUUGUAUCUGAUCAAAAUUGAAACUUUGUUAUGAGACCUCAAUUUUUGAAAACGAUUCAGAUGUCUACAGAGAAGUUUGUAAAAUCUGUAUCUAUAUAAAAUGUCUUUAAAUAACACAUAAUUAUGCUGUAUUUCUAGAUAUUUCUACCAAUCAUCUCAACAUGCUGCUCUUCUAUUUCUUUCAUUAAAUAUAAUUUGUACACAAUAACUUUUUAAAGGUAAUUAUAAGGUUUCCUUCAUGAUUAGGACUCUAGCCUGCAUACCCCGUGCUCUCAUCACUUCCAUUUGCUUCAAGGAAUGAAAGCUCUGGACAUCAGCUUUGAUUGUACUUAAUACCCAUCUGCUCCCCCAGUAGUCCCUAUGAGGUUUCUUAGCAUAAGUAUUUAUACUAUGGAAAUACCAGUACUGUUUGGUCAUUCAGUUGUCACCACAGAAUUCCAUUAAAAUAAAGACUGGUCACUUAAUAUGCCCCUUUUUAAUGAAUAUGCCUCACCUCACUGGAGAUAAAAAAUGAAUCUGUUGGUGCAUCAAUAUAUAGCAGCUCUUUACAGUUGUGAUUACCAAGCCAAACGUACUAUGGCACCAAGAAAUGAAGGGUUUUAUUCUGUACUUUGUUGUUGUUGUGUUCCCUUAAUUACCCAUUAGAAGCCAAAAAGUGAGUGAUGCUGCGUGUGUGUGUCAUUUGGCCUUUGUCUAUAUUGGAGAAAAUUUAGAAAACAUGCAAACUAACACAUUUCAGACAGCAUGAGGUUAAACAUGACAUUGCUUUUAGUGUGGAUAAGAUGGCCGUGCUAAAAAGCUUAUGGGCAAAAUUCUGUUUAACAGUAUGCUAAUUGAAACAUGUUUUCUAACACUAAUGCAUUUCCCCAGUUUAGAAAAGCUACACAAAAUCUUCCGGUUUCAAGUACAAUUAAAAAGUUGUGAACAAAAAAUUCAACCAUUUCCCAGUUUUUAAAGGUAACCUUAAAAUAUUUUGUCUUAUUUGGUUCCAAUUGGUAUAGAAAUUUAGAAAAUGAAGAUAUGUUAGGAUUGUGGAUUUAAAAUUGUAGCCUGUGACCAAUACAGCAAUAGAUAUACACAAACUAAAAAUACAGUGUGUUUAGGUUCCUCUAUCUAUAUGCAAUAAUGAUUUGGAGCCUAAUCCUGCAUUCCCAACUCAGGCAAAACACGCGUUGACCUCAAUGGGCUUGUCUAUGCUAAGCUUUUUUAAAAAGCAAAAACCCAGUUGCACUACCAUGAGUGGGAGGAUACCCAAGGCUCAGACUGCCACCAGCAUUCUUAUAACUUUGUUGUCUAGACAUGUUCUGAGGAGGGUUAGAUGACAUGGUCAUAUAAAUACCACCUUUUCUGCAUUAGAGACCAUAUAUACGCACUGAUGGUAGUGCAAUGGCAGAUUCAGCUAGUACAGGUUCAGCUAAUUAGUGGGCAUUUUUCCUCAUGCAGGUUCAGCUCUUUCAUUCCAAUAUUACCAAUUUAGGUCUGUCUUUGCAGAAAUUUAGUUAACUAAAAACUUUUGUAUGUGGGCAUUCUCGUAUCUUGAAAGCAAAAUAUGGCUGAAAAAUGUUUUUAGCACUAAAGUAAUUGUUACCAAUCUGUAGCAGACGCAUCCUCCCCACCCAAUCCUUGAGGUAAAUUUAAUUUAGGUCAUCUGAAAACGUGUGCUUUAUAAAAUUUUCAAUUGUGGUUACCUUGCAGUGUUACAAAACUAUAUGAAAACUGCCUUUUUAGAUGGUUUGAAUUUCACAAUGCAGUAGUGAAAAGGAGAAGAUUUGGUAUCUUUUUGCUUUAUUUGAAAUGUCACAAUUUGUGUGUUUUUAGCAAGAUUUUUUUAAACUCUGUUUUCAAUAAAGUCAAACUGUGAUUGAUUUACAAUGUGCUUUUUUUUGUCAACAUUUGUAUUAAAAAUAAACAAUGGACUUUUGAGUCUUUGUAA